UCAUGUUUCAGACAUAUUUCCAGUUGCCGCGGCCGGCGGUUUCAGCUUUCUGGUCUUGAGGGUUUUGGAGUUGCGAUUUUUGGAUGGCAAUGCUCUAUACACCUCCAGUUUCAUCCGCUCUUCUCCCACCUCGCGUUCUCUUUCCAAACUCGAAAUCCCUAUUGUCUACACCCUCAAAUCCUUUUAUAUUCUCAAUCUCAUGUUCCAUUUCAACCGAUAAACGAUACCCAUCUCGCCGAAUCAAUUGCUCUGGCUCCAGCUCUUCAAUUGAAUCCCAUCAACCUCCAUCGACUAUUGUCUUCGUUAAAGGGUUGCCAUUAUCAACAUCCGAGGGAAGUUUGAAGAAGUCAUUUUCGCAGUUUGGGGAGGUAAACCGAGCCAAAAUUGUGUCAGAUAAAAAAACUAAGCAAUCUUUAGGGUCUGCAUUUGUUUGGUUUACCAAUGAAGACUCUGCCAAGCUGGCUGUGAAGGAAAUGGAUGGAAAGUUCUUUGAAGGAAGGUUUAUUUACGUUACAAUUUCAAAACCUGGUGCUUGCAAAACUUCAGGGAAGCCAACAACAACACCGUACAAGUUCUGAUAUGAACAACUUGCAGCAUUCCAUUUCUUCUUCUCUGAUCCAAGAAGUGGGAAUGUCCUCAGAGCGUAUCCUUCAACUUGAAUGAUCGUUAGUCUCAAGGUCAGUCAUUUUCAAAAUGGAUCAAACUCAGCUAGAUCAUUUUAACCUAGUGUUACACUGCACAAUGAAAACCCAAGUAUAGGUAGAUGCUUCACUUGCAAAUUUGCUAUAUGUAUUUGGUAAGUUAUCUACGCAGCAUUUUAUUUCAUUAUUCUUGACUCAGUCCGUACUUUGUAAUGCAAACAUUUGCACCAUUGUUGUCCAGAUCGGAUUUAUAUGGACAUGUAACCUAAAUGCAUAGGUUUCAUAUGGAUUCUACCGUUAUUUUA